AGAACGGCAACAUCACAAGACACACAGCAAAGAGUGAAAAAAACUGAAGAGUUUCACCAGCACCCUCAUCAAUACCAAUCUACGGUAACAUGUGAAGCCUCAAGUAGACUGACGUCUGCUUUCACAUCUCUCAAGUGUGCGGCCCUCAGUGGAAAACGUUUGGACACCCCUGGCCUAACCCGACGAGGCUGCAAAAUAAAGGUGUCCGGUUCGGGUGGGGUGGUGACCAUGGAGAGGCUGUUGCUGUGUGUGAUGUUGGCAGCUGCCAUGGCAGUACGGGCGCAAAUCUGCCCGAAGCGCUGCGUUUGUCAGAUCCUGUCACCCAACCUGGCAACACUUUGUGCCAAGAAAGGUCUACUUUUUGUUCCGCCAAACGUCGACAAGCAUACCGUGGAACUAAGGCUGGCUGACAACUUUGUCACCAGUGUGAAGAGGAAAGACUUUGCAAACAUGACACGGCUGGUGGACUUAACGCUAUCCAGAAAUACUAUCUCCUACAUCACACCUCAUGCCUUUGCAGAUCUGGAGAACCUCCGAGCCCUGCAUCUCAACAGUAAUCGUCUGACGAGGAUAUGCAAUGACACCUUCAGUGGGAUGUCAAAGCUUCACCACUUGAUUUUGAACAACAACCAGCUGGUGCUGAUCCACCAGGGAGCUUUUAAUGACCUGCUGGCACUUGAAGAAUUGGAUCUCAGUUAUAACAACCUGGACUCUAUUCCAUGGGAGGCCAUCCAGAGAAUGAUAAGCCUCCAUACCAUGAGUUUGGACCACAACAUGUUGGACUAUAUUCCAGAGGGGACAUUUUCUUUGCUACAGAAACUCAACCGCCUCGAUGUCACAUCAAAUAAACUUCAAAAGCUCCCACCGGACCCUCUUUUUCAGCGUGCACAGGUUCUGGCCACAUCUGGGAUCAUGUCCUCCUCAACCUUUGCAUUGUCAUUUGGGGGAAACCCUCUGCAUUGCAACUGUGAGCUACUUUGGCUGCGAAGGCUUAACCGCGAGGACGACUUGGAGACGUGUGCUUCACCCCAGCACCUCUCUGGACGAUACUUUUGGUCCAUUCCCGAGGAGGAGUUCCUGUGUGAACCCCCGCUCAUCACCCGAUACUCACAUGAGAUGAGGGUCUUGGAAGGGCAGAGGAUCUCACUAAGGUGUAAGGCACGAGGUGACCCAGAGCCGGCCAUCCACUGGAUAUCCCCUGAUGGCAAACUGGUCUCCAACUCCUCCAGGACUCUGGUCUACGCCAAUGGAAGUUUGGACAUCCUCAUUAGUACUGUGAAAGACACAGGCUCCUUCACCUGCAUCUCCUCCAACCCGGCUGGCGAAGCCCACCAAACCGUAGACUUGGUUAUCAUAAAACUCCCGCACAUCUCCAACAACACAAACAACAUCCAGGAGCCCGACCCUGGAUCAUCGGACAUUUCCACAUCCACCCGAAGCGGAUCCAAUGGAAGCAAUGUAACCGGCGACGUGAAGGGUGCGGUCGAAAAGAGGGUGGUGACCGUGGAGGCCACGUCCUCAACGGCGUUGAUCAAAUUUAACUUCCAGAGGAAUAUUCCAGGCAUUCGGAUGUUCCAGAUACAGUACAACGGGAGCCAAGAUGACUCACUAGUGUACCGAAUGAUCCCUCCAUCCAGCCAGAGCUUCCUGGUCAACAACCUAGCAGCGGGAAGCCAGUACAACCUAUGCGUGCUCGCCAUCUACGACGACAUCAUCACCUCCCUGACUGCAACCCGCGUGGUCGGCUGCGUGCAGUUCACCACAGAGUCGGAGUAUAUGAGGUGCCAUUUCAUGCAGUCCCAGUUCCUCGGCGGGACUAUGAUCAUCAUCAUUGGAGGGAUUAUAGUGGCUUCUGUGCUCGUGUUCAUAAUCAUCUUGAUGAUACGGUAUAAGGUGUGUAACCCAGGAGAGGGUGUUAAAGGCAUGUCAAUGUCGAUGACCACCGUUCACUCUCAGACCAACCGGCAGCAGUCGCAGAGAUGCAGUGUGACUCCCAGCACCUCCAAGCAAGGCUCAAUCGGAUUGGACGAAUUCUCGGGAGGCUCAAAGAAGAGGAGCGGAGGGACGGGCGGGAAAGAUGUGACGACGCUUUCGUCCAAUUCCUCUCUGCCAGACGGCUCCACCGCCAUGUCUGUUCUCAGCCAGCAAUGGACAGGCUGAGGACCUGGUGCGGAGAGAGCUCACUCCGGCGUCUCCUCGCCCACCGCCACCAGACCCAAGCGGAAGCCGGCGCCGGGUAAACCAGGCUCAACUUGUUCAAACACGUCAGCCGGCGCGGAAAACCUCCCCUGUUUGUCCCCUCGCUCCUCCUCCACUACUUCGUCCGUACUCCCCGCGCCUUCCACCCCUCUCGAUACCCUCAACACCAACCGCAACAACUCCACCUCGUUUAACCAAGCUCUGCCUCCUCUCGCCGCCAGUCCCAACGUCCGCUACCGAGAAACCCCCAUACUGCGCCGAGCUCCGCGCGCCCACACCUCCUCCGCUGCUAAGUACCAGACUCUCCCAGCGGAGGAGGGCGGGCGGAGCAGGGCGAGGAGGAGGUACUCGCUCAGCGAGGGAGGCUCCAAGACACUCUCGUCCCAUAGAGGGAUUGCAGGAGCACCAAGGUUAGGACGCAUAGUGCGGGACAAAAGGAGUCAAUCCAUGAGUGGGAUGCUCCUCUCCAAAGAAGGGGAUGGAGACUCCAGUAGAGGGCGCUGUGAUUCGGACUGGAUCUUGGAAAGCACAGUUUGAACUGGAACCAGAGAACAAUCACACACUCUUAUGUUAUUUUGGGAGUUUUGACUUGACACCGGUGUGUGUGUGUGUGUGUGUGUGUGUGUGUGUGUGUGUGUGUGUUGUUUCUAUCUAGUGUGAGCAUAUUUGUGUCCAUGUUGUUUUGCUAAGGAUGCAAGGAUGAGUGAGCAGGUGUCCUCAAUUUUUUUUCUCAACGUCAUCACGUUUCACCGCGAUUGUCCGGUUUCUACUCUGACAGUCCGGAGCAAGUGGGUUAUCUUGCCUCGUCUCGUCCUCAACUCGUCUCGUCGGUUCCACUUUAUAGCACAAGAAGAGAAGAAGACGACGGGCUCGUCACGUCAUUUCCCCGGUACUUACUCACUCGGUCUGCAAAUAACACAAAAAGGGAAUUCUUGCUGGGGAAACAAAGAAAAAGUCCCGUCCAAGAACUACGCCGCACGCCAUCGGACAGUCACACCCGGACAGGAAGUGUGUCGACAGGUGCCUUCUUUUGCACAAAGACACUCUCUAAUUGGAAGUGGAUCUCCAACAUGCUCCAGUGAGCAAAGAGCGGACAUUCAGAGGAAGACAAAGUUUUCACACAUAGCCUUUCUUCCCUACAUGAGGGAUAACGGUGACAAAGACACACGACCAGGUGGCGACUUUAUGGACCUCAUAUGAAAGGGAUAUUUUUUAAAAGGGAAGAAUAUAAAGAAGAAGAAAAAAAAAAGCUUUUCACUGACAUUGGUAUACUACUGGUUGGUCACAAAGCUCAUGUACAGAAAAAGACAACAUGUACUGUGUUGUUAUGUUGUGUCAAAUAAAA